AGGCUGGGCAUGAAGUAGCCUCGAAGAGAGGCAGCGAUGAGCGACAUGGUGGAGAGGACGCUGACCGCACUGCCGGGGCUCUUCUUGCAGAACCAGCUGGGAGGGCCUGCGGCCUCCAGAGCACCCUUUUUCUCCAGGCUGGGCGGCCUCAUCCGUGGCGUCACUGCGCUCUCAUCCAAGCACGAAGAAGAGAAAUUAAUCCAACAGGAACUGAGUAGUCUGAAGGCGACUGUUUCUGCUCCUACUACAACGCUGAAAAUGAUGAAGGAAUGUAUGGUGAGACUUAUAUACUGUGAGAUGCUUGGAUACGAUGCUUCUUUUGGUUAUAUACAUGCAAUCAAGUUGGCCCAACAAGGAAACCUCUUAGAAAAAAGAGUGGGUUAUUUGGCUGUUUCUCUAUUUCUACAUGAAAGUCAUGAACUUUUGCUUCUCCUUGUGAAUACAGUGGUAAAGGACCUGCAGAGCACUAAUCUGGUAGAAGUGUGUAUGGCACUCACUGUCGUCAGCCAGAUUUUCCCUCGAGAAAUGAUUCCAGCUGUCCUUCCACUAAUAGAAGAUAAACUCCAACAUUCUAAGGAGAUUAUACGAAGAAAAGCAGUUCUGGCAUUAUACAAAUUUUAUCUCAUUGCCCCUAAUCAAGUACAGCAUAUCCAUACUAAGUUUCGGAAAGCACUCUGUGACAGAGAUGUUGGGGUCAUGGCUGCCUCUUUGCAUAUAUACCUUAGGAUGAUUAAGGAAAAUUCUUCUGGAUAUAAAGACUUGACUGAGAGUUUUGUAACAAUUUUAAAGCAGGUGGUGGGGGGAAAGCUCCCUGUAGAGUUCAGUUACCACAGUGUGCCAGCACCAUGGUUACAGAUUCAGCUCUUGAGAAUACUGGGACUGCUGGGGAAAGAUGAUGAAAGGACAAGUGAACUAAUGUAUGAUGUUCUUGAUGAAUCCUUACGAAGAGCCGAGUUAAAUCACAAUGUCACUUACGCUAUUCUGUUUGAGUGUGUACACACAAUCUAUUCUAUUUAUCCUAAAUCAGAAUUACUUGAGAAGGCUGCCAAGUGCAUUGGAAAAUUUGUUCUGUCACCUAAAAUAAACCUCAAAUAUUUAGGACUGAAGGCUCUUACCUAUGUUAUCCAGCAGGAUCCUUCUCUGGCUCUUCAACACCAGAUAACCAUAAUUGAAUGCCUAGACCACCCUGAUCCCAUUAUUAAAAGAGAGACUCUGGAACUUCUUUACAGAAUUACAAAUGCACAGAAUGUAGUAGUUAUUGUACAGAAAAUGCUUGAAUAUUUACAUCAGAGCAAAGAAGAGUACAUCAUCAUCAACUUAGUCGGCAAAAUAGCUGAAUUGGCUGAGAAAUAUGCUCCUGACAACGUGUGGUUUAUUCAGACGAUGAAUGCUGUGUUUUCAGUGGGAGGAGAUGUAAUGCACCCAGACAUUCUCAGUAACUUUCUGAGACUGCUAGCAGAAGGUUUUGAUGAUGAAACAGAAGAUCAACAGUUAAGACUCUACGCAGUUCAGUCUUACCUUACCUUACUAGACAUGGAAAACACUUUCUAUCCACAGAGGUUUCUUCAAGUUAUGAGUUGGGUAUUAGGAGAGUAUUCCUACCUCUUAGAUAGAGAAAGCCCUGAGGAGGUUAUGACCAGGCUCUACAAGUUACUGAGGAGUGACUCCAUUUCUUCAGAAACGAAAGCGUGGUUGUUUGCUGCAGUAACCAAGUUAACACCUCAAGCUCAUUCUUCUCCCAUAGUUGAGAAAUUAAUCCAAGAAUUCACUGUAUCCUUGAAUACUUGUCUGAGACAACAUGCAUUUGAAUUGAAACAUCUACAUGAAAAUGUAGAGCUUAUGAAGAGCUUGCUUCAGAGUGCUCAGAAUUGUGACGACAUCGUGGCAGAUGCUUCUUUAUCUUUUCUGGAUGGUUUUGUGGCUGAAGGACUCAGUCAGGGAGCAGCACCUUAUAAGCCCCAUCACCAGCGCCAAGAGGAGCAGCUCUCUCAGGAAAAAGUUCUCAACUUCGAACCAUAUGGACUAUCAUUUUCUUCAUCUGGCUUCACUGGACGACAGUCUCCUGCUGGCGUCUCUCUGGGCUCAGAUAUAUCUGGAAACAGUGCUGAAACAGGGCUGAAAGAGGCAGGUAGCCUGAAGAUGGAGGGCAUAAAGAAAUUAUGGGGUAAAGAAGGUUAUCUCCCCAAGAAGGAGAGUGGAGCUGCUGAUAAACCGGAAGCCGCACAUGCUCCUGCAGAGAGUGCAACGAUGGAGAAUGUAGACCAAGCCAUGACCAGGAAGGACCAAACUCAAGGCCACACCCCUUCUACAGAGGAGAAAGAAAAGCAGCUGUUGGCAUCAUCGCUGUUUGUUGGGCUAGGACCAGAAAAUACGAUCAAUUUGUUGGGAAAAGCAGAUGUUGUGUCUUACAAGUUCAGGAGGAAGUCAAAACCCAAGGUAGCCCAAAGUGACAAGACGCCCAGCGCUCAUGCCGCUCCCUCGUCCACCCUUAGCCCUGUGUCAGAUGUGACUGGGGGGGAUGAGGACAGUCUGAGCGCUGCGGAUAGAGGAGACGGGGAGCUCGGUUCAGAGCUGUUGGGUUCUGAGUCUCUCUUGGAGCUGCCCUCAGUUGAAAACCUCUCAAGCGUCAGCUUGCCUGCGUCUUCUUUGUUUGCGGAUAACAACAUGGAAGUCUUUCAUCCCCCUUCGUCCUCUGCAACUUCAGCUGUCAAGAAAAUCAGUUUGGCUUCUUUGUUGGAAGAAACUCCUGAAUGCAGGCGUUCAGGUCUCAUGGAAAUCUGUAGUAAUGAAACUGUGUCUGUGUCUUCUUACAAAGUCUGGAAGGAUGAGUGUUUAUUGGUGGUGUGGUCAGUCACUAGUAAGACUGAUUCAGAGUUCACAGAUGCUCAAUUAGAAAUUUUUCCUUUGGAAAAUUUCAAGAUCAUUGAGCAGCCUGGAUGUUCUUCACCUGUGAUGGAAACAGAAAGCACCAAAUCCUUCCAAUAUGGUGUGCAGAUGGAAAGCCCUUGUGUAGAGGGGACUCUCUCUGGUUUUAUAAAGUAUCAAAUGAUGGAUACACAUCCUGUUCAACUGGAAUUUUCCAUGAACUUAUCACUACUAGAUUUUAUUAGGCCAUUAAAGAUCUCAACUGAAGACUUUGGCAAACUCUGGUUGUCUUUUGCAAAUGAUGUGAAGCAAAAUAUAAAAAUAUCAGAGCCUCGAGUUGCACUGGCUUCUGUCCUGACAGAGCUGCAGCAGAAACUCAGACUUUGCGUGGUUGACGUCAUAGGCAAUGAAGGUCUGCUGGCCUGUAAGCUGCUUCCGUCCACCCCCUGUGUCCUGCACUGCCGAGUACACGCUGACGUGGUAGCCCUGUGGUUCCGAUCCUCUAGCUCUGUUCUUUCAGACUAUUUAUCUAGUCACUGUCAGAAAGUGAUGCAGACAUCCUAGCAAAGUUCUGUUAAGUUUUACUUUUUUCACAUAAAUUGUUUACAUUUACAACCUUACCAAAGUAAAAAGCACUCGUGGUACUUCUGAUGGGAAUGGGGAUUUGUCAGGUUUGGGUUAUGUGUUUUCUUCUUGAUUCCUGCUAAGAAUGAUCCCCAAGAAACUAUGUCAUUAAUUUUUUUACUCAGGAUUGUACAGUGUGUUUGGGUCCCCCUCCCCCAAAAUGACCUAAACUAAUGUUAUAAAAUGCUAAUUAUUUUAUGUCACUUAAUGUGGAGGAACUGAAAAUAUUUAUUUUGUUAUAAGUGUUUUAUAGCAGGUUUAUUCUAGCAUUCACUGAUUUCUAAUAAGGCUGAAUCUUGGUUCUCUGCUUUGAUGCAGAGGACACAGAGACUGAUCAUCACCUGAAUCACACUUGGCUUUGGAGUACAGAACUUGCUGUAAGGAUAGUCUGUGCUCCCAGUUCUGUUUUCCUCAGGUCAGGGUUAAACUGAGGUCGCCUAACAUGUACUAACCAUUGUACAAGACCAUGAGCAUGCUGGGUAUGGGGCAAACACAAUCUGUGUUUUUUUUACUUUUUAACUUGUUAUACUUAAUUUUAAGUAAUUUGAUCAUAAAGUAUAUCUGUUUCCUAUUAGAUCCUUUUUGUAGUUAAAAUUUUUGACCAUAGAAUAAAUGGCCAAUUGAU